AUUCCGGCAACGCAUGGUUGCAGCAUACAGCGAUCUUCCUCUUCCAUCAGCGUUCUCACAAACCAUUCUCUCCUGAUGCCAUCAAAGCCCUUUUUUUCUUCUCCCUUUGUAUGAGACAUACACCAGUUCUUGAUUGACCUGCAUUUGCUCGCCGUCGUCGACCCGGCAGCUGGCAAUGGCUGCAAGAAAGAUGGAGAUCGGCGCCUCGCGAGCUCCGGUGGUGGCAGUGAUGGUGGUGGUGAUGCUGGCUUCGCGCACCGUGUCACAGAACAAUGGCUGCUCCAGCGUGAUGAUGACGCUCUCACCGUGCCUCGACUACAUCUCCGGCAAAUCGCUGCUCCCGGAGUUCACCUGCUGCACCACGCUCGCUGGCGUCGUCCAGUCUGAUCCCCGGUGCCUCUGCAUGGUCCUGGACGGCAGCGCCGCGUCCUUCGGCAUCGCCAUUAACCACACCAGGGCGAUGGAGCUCCCUGGUACCUGCAAGGUCCAGGCACCACCAAUCGGCCAAUGCAAAGGCGUACCAACUCCACCUGCAGCACCAGACACACCAACAUUAGCCGAUGAGCCGGUAGAGGUCAACGAGGAUGAACCAAGUCCACCACCUGCAGGAAGCACGGGGGCUAACACAACCUCAAGCUCCACAAACUCAAAGAAAGCAGGGAGUUUAAUGGCCACUGUGCUUAUUCCCACUUGUGCUUUGCUCUCUGUCUGAACUGCACAAGUAUAUUUCCAUGGCUAUAAUUAUCUGUUACCUUUGCGGCAGCUAGAUCUUAUGUGACCUUCUAUUAAAUCAGUAUGAUUCUUCUUUCUUCAUUUCAAGACUGACAUUUUCAAUGUUAUGCCUUCUGAGUUCUGACAAGUACAUUGAACAUAGCUUAACCAGAUUUUCCCAGUUUGUACCCUGCAAUAAUUUACACUAAAGGGGUGACUGUAGGUAAGCCUGCCUAAAAUCCCUGAAUAUUAGUCUGCAGAAGAUAUAUGCAAGUAGAAGACCAGAAGACAACCAAUAUUCACACACUAUUUUUGAAGAAUACUUAGAAAUCAUUCUAGUUACAACCAUUAUCUACAGUAUCUAUCAGAAUAGUUCUAUUAGCUAAACUGAAAUUUGCAUU